AGCUAAUGGCUACCAUUGGAAGUUCGGAAAAGACUUCUGUACAAGUUGCCAUCCGAAUAAGACCAAUAGUAAAUGAAGCUUCAUCCAUAAAGCAAUCUCGAUUUCAACGCCCUGUGGUUGCUACUUCACCGCAAUCUCCAAAUCAGGUGGUAGUACAAGGAGAAAAGAAACAAUGCUUUAAUUUUGAUUAUGUUUUUGGCCCCGAGGCUGAACAAUCUGAAGUCUAUGAAAAUGCUGUCGAGAAACUAGUCCAUCAGUUUUUAGAGGGUUACAAUGUGACGAUCCUAGCCUAUGGUCAGACGUCAUCCGGUAAAACUCACACAAUGGGUACCGCAAACAACCAUGAUAUUCCUUCGGAAUCUAAAGGAAUAAUUCCACGUGCCAUCUCAACUCUAUUCAAAACAAUGAAUUCUUCGCAGCUGAAAUCUCGAAACUUUUCAAUUAAAGUUAGUUUCAUUGAAAUUUAUAAUGAAGAUCUAAUAGAUUUGCUUGCGGAUAAUGUUGGCGAUGAUAAACCUCAAGUUAUCAUAAGAGAAGAUUCUAAAGGAAAUAUAAUUUGGAAUGGUCUGCAAGAGAUUAAAGUUAAUGGUGUUGAGGAAGUUAUGAGUCACUUAUCUCGAGGUUCUCAAAAUCGUCAAGUAGGUGCAACGGAUAUGAAUGCCCAAUCUUCAAGAUCUCAUGCAAUAUUUAGUGUCACGAUGACCCAGUAUGUCAACUCCAGUAACCCUCCAAAUUCUCCGAUAUCACCUACUAGUCGACCAUCAACACCUUCAAAAAUAAGGCCAGGAAGUAGUUUGAGAUUGAGUAGGAAAUUAGACGAUAGUGAAAGUGUGUCUAUUUCAAGUAAAUUUCAUUUUGUAGAUUUGGCUGGUAGUGAAAGGCUGAAAAGAACAUCAGCUAUAGGGGAACGUGCAAAGGAAGGCAUCUCCAUAAAUUCGGGUCUUUUAGCUCUAGGCAAUGUAAUCUCCGCUCUUGGCGAUCCUACUAAAGCUAAACACAUAACUCAUAUUCCAUAUCGUGAUUCUAAGCUUACUCGUUUGUUGCAAGACUCUUUAGGUGGUAACGCGCGAACUUUAAUGAUUGCUUGCGUAUCACCUGCUGAGUCAAAUCUUACCGAAUCUCUAAAUACUCUUAAAUAUGCUAAUCGUGCGAGAAAUAUUAAGAAUAUUGCAACUGUUAAUUCUGAAGAAGUUGGUUGGAAUGAUUUAGAUCAUUUACGAACAUUGGUUUUGAAAUUGCGAAGAGAGAUUAAAGCACUGAAAAGUACAAGUUUACCAAAUGGUUUAAUUGAUGGAAACGAAUCUUGCAGUUCUGGGAGAAAUACUCCUACUAUGAUGUCCGGAAGAAAUACUCCUACUAUGAUGUCUGGAAGGAAUACACCUAAUACACCUACGUCGGCAUAUGGAGGGCACGGAGGAGGGUCGAAAAGAUCCUCAACAAGUCUUUCUAUAGUAACAAAUGCAGAUGAAUUUGCAAAAUCACAGAAUGACAAAGAUAUUGAAAUCCUUGAAGAACAAUUAAUAGAGUUACAAAGAUCUUAUGCUGAAUUAUCUCAAAAAUAUGCAAAAACUUCUGCUGAACUUGCCAUUCAUCAAGAAAAUAUGGAUUCGUCAUCUCUACAUGACUCUCCUGAUGUUGGAACUCCAACAAAUUCUAAAUUUGCUCCUCAAAAUUGUUUAGAGUCUAUAUCUGAAGAAGCUGAGGAUGAACUAAAACUGGCAAACUUCCAAAAAGUUGUAGAACCCGUAAUUGAAGAAUAUGAAAAAUCAAUUUCAAAUUUGGAAUCUCAAUUAGCACUUACAAGAGCUGCUCUAAGUCAUACAGAAACGAUUAUGCAAGAACAAGAAUCAAAACUCGCGCAUGCUGAACGAAUCAAUGAACAAAAUAUUGCUCUUAUUAAUGAUUUAAGAUUAAAAAUUGCAAAUUUGACAGAACAUGAAAUUACUAACGAAGGAUACAUUAGAGAUUUGGAACGUAAAUUGGAGGCUUUUGUGUUGGAACAACAGAAAGAUCAAGAAUUAAUUAAUGAAUUAAAGAAUAAGAUAGUACAUUUGAAAAAUAAUUCGGAAAAUAGUGAAGGAUACAUUAGCGAUUUGGAAUCAAGACUGAAAGGAAGUGAGGAACAA